AUGGAAGCGUCCGCAUUGACUCAAGUAGUGAAGCCCCUCUACUCCUUUCUUUUUCCCGACCACGAUGCAAACGGUCCAAGGUUGAACAACGAGUCAUCCGAGCAUGGAAAAUGUCAGGAUAUAUCCGCGGAUAAGUCCAUCACGAGAUAUCUUCUAGAAAGGAGUGCUGAUUUUCGGGAGCUCACCGAACUCCGGCGGAAGGGAUGGGAAAACCCCGAGGGUGAUGUUUAUUUUCGGAAUCAACGAAGAAAUGCAGACAAUUGUGACGAUCAGACUGCUCAACACUUCUUCAGGAUGAUGAUGAAGAUCGGGGAGGAAAUUCACCAAUCCACCAACGCCUUCGCGAUACGUUCGCGGGAACCAAGAAUCUUGGACAUGUGCAUGGCACCUGGAGGUUUUCUUGCGACAGCCUUGAAACACAACCCGGGUGCUAAGGGACUGGCAUUUAGCUUGCCCCCCUCUAGCGGUGGGCACAGGGUGCUUAUUCAAAAUUCUUCGGCCGUUGAGCAGAGGUUCCUAGAUAUCACGAUGUUAGCCGCCGAUAUGGGCGUUGAGGAGAUUCCCAAGGAUCAUCCGGACGCCGGUAACUUCUUAUCACAGCAGCUUAGACCUAACCAACUAUUCGAUCUAGCUUUAUGUGACGGCCAAGUUCUCCGAACGCAUGAGCGUUCCGAAUAUCGAGAGAAGCGAGAAAGCAGAAGGUUAACAGUCGUUCAAUUGGCUCUUAGUCUUGAAUAUCUCAGGCCAGGAGGCGCUAUGGUCGUUCUGUUGCAUAGACUUGAGGCCUGGGACACUGCAGACUUGCUGCGGGCAUUCUGUAAGUUUGCCACCGUACGAACUUUGAAACCCACAACAAGUCACACCAGACGUUCCUCGUUCUACAUGGUCGCCACCAGAAUUCAGAGCCGACAUCCGGAAGCCAUCCGGUUAGUUGAGAGUUGGAAAAAUAUAUGGAAGAUCGCCACGUUUGGAUCGGACGAGGAUUACCAACGAGCGCUCAGAAACGACAGUUCCAAUGCGGAAAAGUUGCUUGAGGAAUUUGGCCCCAGGCUUGAAAGGUCAGGGUCGCGAAUUUGGAAGGUUCAGUCUAAUGCUCUCGCCAAAGCACCCUGGUGUAAGGAUCGGAAAUAGGAGUAAGUGUAAUUGAUUACUGGAAUGAUUACUUCUACCACCGCACCCUCUGGAAGCAGGCAUAUUCGCAUAACCGAGAAGAUUAGCAAGUUGAGGCAGUUCGGCAUAUGAGGACGUGUAGUAUAGAGGGAUAGCUUACGGACGGACGGCACGUUUGUGACUUAUAUAAUUUGAUAUAUCUCGGGAUACUCACAUCCGUACAAUUCCAAACAUAUUCCCAGUAAAUGCGCU